AUGGCUCCCCCGAGGAGGAAGGCUGGCGCGAAGGCGCGCGCUCGGAAGCUGGCCGCCUUCCUGAAGGAUUUCGACCGCGAGGUGAGGAGCCGGGUGGAGGAGGUGCGGACCAACGGGGAGCGCCUGGUCAAGGAGGCGGAAAACCUUUACAACAUCGCGAUCCUGCGGCUGCCGCUGGCGCUGCGCGAGCUGAACUGGCUGGACUACUUCGCUAAAGGAGGAAGCAAAAAGGUUCUGGAAGAGGCAGCCACGGCAGACUUGGAAAUAACAGAAAUAAACAAGUUAACAGCAGAAGUUAUCCAAACGCCUUUAAAAGUCAUCAAGAAAGUGGAAAAAUACAAGCAGGUUGCUGAAGCUAUUAAAGAAGAAGCAGAACCUCCUUUGCUUCCUGUGGCAAAGAAAGCAAGACAUGACAGCCAGUGUCCUUCAGAGCUAGGAGCUGAAAACCUUCACCCGAGGACUGCAAAGGGGAAGGCAUCCACUAAAAAGGUGCCAGUGUCCAGGAGCAGACAACCUCCUUCAGCGAGAGGGAAGCGCCUGAGCAAGAGAUCAAGCAGAAACAACUUUAUCACUCCAGCUACUGGUAGAAUUGUCGAUUUCUGUGCUCCAGGAGGCACCUCCAUGGUCACACCCAAAUUUGAUUCCAGCCUUUUCAAGACCCCGGGUCUGCGCACGCCCAAAGUGAACGAGCGUGUUUACACCAUCUCUGCCAACGGGAGCCCCCUGGCUGACGGCAGCGAUGCCUUCAUCACCCUCCCUGUGGGAGGAGGGGAGAGCAUUCGUUUAACAGCAAGUGAUUUGACCAAGAGGAAUCUUCUUCAUCUGAACCCAGAGGCCCAAGGAGUUAUGAAGCAGCUCUCAGUUCGUCUUGCACAGGCCUGCAGUGCAAGGACCCUCAGAUGAAACCGGGUGAACGUUGACAUCCCUCUGUAAAUCUACAGAAUCUUACACUUAGGACUGCUACCUUUAGUUCUUGUUCUAAUUUUGUCUUCCUUCCAUUAAUUUACAGAAUGGAAGUUAAGAUCUAAUUUUUCUACCUAUAAUAUGUAAUGGGAUUAGAAUAAAUUGGGGUUUUUUAUUAUUCAUUAUUUCCUUUAAGGUUGAGACCAAGAUACAGUUAUCUUGGGCUUGCAGACCAGCAAGCUGGGGAAAGGCUGUUCUGGUGUCUUGCAGAAGCCACAAGCAGUGGACACAAGUGACUGGAGUCCACCCAUAUCUGCCUGGGCAAGGAAAGCAACAGACCAAAUUUGUGGUGGUUCCUUCCAGGAAUGUCCUUUCUCUGCAAAAGGUGGUGACUGUCUCAGCCAUUGUGUUUGUACCUGGCUUUGAGAGUUUUGUAGUGAACUCAUGCAUUUUACUGUUUUUAAAGUAGUAAAAGAUCUUAAGUACUUCAGCUGGUCUGUUGCUUAACUAGAUGACUGGGAGCAACCUCAGAGCUACAAGAGUGUCUUAAUGUGAGAGAACUUUGCUUUUCCUUCACCCCCUUCAAAAUCUCCAGGUGAAGCAGGACUGGAACUGAGUAUAGACAGGGGAGAAGAAAGCUUGGACUAGUCAAAGCAUUGGUUUGCCCUUUCUUCUCACCUAAACUGAGUUGAUUCCAUUCGUUUCUUUGAAGAGCCAUUUCUUUGAGCAGAAUGAAAGCUUCCUCAAUCAUUAAUGGCUUUUUUCCUGUUGCUUGUGGAAAACACAGAUAAAUCUUGCUCUAGUCCAAAUUCAUAAAAAUUCCACUUCAAAUGUAGCCUCUUGGGAAUGGGUUACUGUAUCAAUAAUGACAGAUGUCAGCAGGAGCAGCAUCUGGCUGAACACUUCCCUGCAAAAUGAAGCAGGGGAGAGAAGUCUUAUAUUUGCUUCUCUACAACAACUGUCUUGUUUGCAACAGCCUGGAAAAGCAGAGCUCUCUGAAGCAGUAGGUUUCUGGGGAAAGGCUGCAUAAAGUCUUGAGCUGUAAAAGACUCCUCUCACUCAAAACCCAGGGUUUCAUUUUUAUUGUGAACCUUUGCAGCAGGUUCAGGAGGGGAGAAGCUGUGGAGCCCCUUGGCUCUGGUCAGCUCCCGUUCCUGAAGCAUCGUUCUGUAUGGAUCAUACAAAUCAGAGUUGUAAGAUGGCAUCAGGGAGAGACAACCUGAUGACACCAACAUGAGAACCCUUUAAUGGGCAUGUUAAGACCAUUCAGAGUAAAGAACUUUACUUUUCUAA